AUGCCUGGAAAUAACACCUCAUUUAAUGAAUCUUCAAACAGUAAGAGGCUCCAGCUCCCUUCUAACACACACGGCUUAUCCCCGAUCGCAAAUAAACCUUUGCUGCUGUUGGCAGCGCCAACUCUUACUUCAACAGGCCUUUAUCCAGAUCUCAAAACAGAUAUCACCAAAUUAAAAGAACGGAUCUCCCCUAUCAGAAGAAUACCCACUGACUAUGGUAUGAAUCGUGAAAAGUCCAUCAAUAUCGAUAAACCUCCCAUAAGACUCUCUCCAGUUCGAAAGCUAGGCACUCCUAAGCGAUCGCCAGAUCGUAAUAACAAGGGACUACGAUUUGUAAAUCCUCGGGAUACUUUUGGGAUCACCCAGAGUGUUGAUAGGAGAGGAGUCACUAGAACAUUAGCUCUUUCUAAUUUUGAUACCUCGAAUCUAUUCAACAGCGGGGGUCCUGGGGACAUGAAAUUUACUCGGAUUGCCAAUAGAGUGUCUCACAGGUCCCCGAAAGGAAGCCUUGACAAACCACGAGCCACUCCACACAGUGAAUCCCGGGUUUCCAAAAGACUUUCUAGUCGAUUAACGGCAUCUAUGAUGACUUCUACUAAAUUCAAAGAUCUUUACGCCAAUUUAAAACACCCUGCGGCGUUUGAUGGUGGUGUUGCAACCACGACGUUAACUGGGGGCGGUUCCCUGGGAAUGAUUUCUGCAUCAUCGAUAUUUGGGUCACCAAUCAGUGCAAGAAGUACUCUGCAAAAGCUGGGAAGUAAUAAUUUAUUACUGAAAUUGAAAUCGUCGUCAGUCAGUCCUCCUUCAUAUUCUCGACCUACGGCAUCUUCACUACUAAGGAGCUCGGAAGAACUUGUGAAUUUCAAAGACAAUAACUUCGAUGAUAAAAUUUCUCCAACCAAGAUCCAUGAAUUAAAUAAUCAAAGAAAGAAGAAUGAAUUGCUACAAUCGAAGAUUCCAAAACUUAAAUCGUGCCUAAAGACAAAAUUAGCUCUGGCAAAUCGAGUUUUUUCUAUAGUGAAUGAGCGAAACGAUCAAGAGAACAAUAAGGGGAUAGAACUCGGAAGAAAUGUCGGUAAUAAGGAGAAUGAUUCCCAGUGUUUGUAUCCAGGAGAUAAUAGUAAUAAUAAUAGUGAUAUGUCAAUGAUACAAGAUGAUCUUUCAGAUUCACCAAAAUUUCAAACGUCAGUGGCCCUGGAACAGCAGCAGUUGAAAAAAAGAAAAAGCGUCAAAUUCGACAGUAAUGUUGAGGAGUUGAAUCAAGAUAAUUCAAUCACCAAAAGAAAAAGAUCCGAAGCUGGUGAAGAUGAUGAUACCAUUAAAAUUGUGGAAGAAGUAGAAGCAGAUCAUCAAGAUAAGCACUGCAAGCCAAGUGAAACUCUAAAGAAAGAGAUUGUAACGAGUCCAGUGGCUAAAAUUAACCUUGCAAAAAAUACGGUAGCAAAUAAUAAGCCAGAUGAAGAGAAAAGUCGUGGGAAAAUAUUCAUUCAGCGGCUACGGGUUGAGCAGAAGUUGGAUGCUUUGACCAAGAACCAAGAUAUUAUUAUGGAACAGAUGAGAUCCAUUGAGAAUGAGAUCAAAGCGUUUAAGAAUCAAGCGUCAUUACUUUUUGACAGGUACGACAAGGUGAAGGAGGCAGAAAUCAGCAUUCAGAAGGAUAUUUUGGUGCUCAAUAGAGAGAUAAGCCAAAGCUUGCUGAAGUAG